CCACGUCCGAAUCGCGCGAUUACAAUCGACACACUCGCGAGGAACAAAUCGUCGGAAAACACGGAUAAAAAAAGUGCCUCCUGAGUCCCGAUUCACUCGCGGCAAAGCGGCUGUGAUUUCGGCUGAGGACAUAAAUGAAAAUCAAAAUCCGCUCCGUGACGGUCAAAAGUUCGCGUGUGUUUCACAGUUGACAGACACAUUUUUCUCCGACGUUCUCUUGUCCCACUUGACAAGCGGUCGCGCAUGCAGGGACACUGAACUUGAAGAAAACACCUCUGGAGUUGCGCUUUGCGUAUCAUCCCACUCGCCGCGUAGUUCUCACAGCACAUAGAAAACUCGUUCCUUGUGAGAGAAGCACAAUUUAGCGAGAAAUCGAAUUGCCGGCGACGCGACAUGAAAAUCCAUAAACAUUCCAUCAGACAGCAAUGCGACAACGCGGUAUGCAUCGAGUGCGAGGGCGAACGACGGAGGCCGGUUAAACGCUACGAAUAAAGCAAUCCUUGCAGUAUUAAUGAGCUGCACUAGGAGGACUUCGCUGGAGAAAGGUAACCCCGAAGAAUAAUAUCCACCGGCAGCGGAGUGUAACAGAGACAACUCCGUUUCGUUAAUGACCGUCAUUAAUGAUAUAGCCACAAAACGCCGUUGGCAUCCGCAGAGAGUAUCAUAGUUCGCGCCGAGCUAUCGUCUAUGUCUGUUCCGUCUCUCCGCCGGUUUCUCUGCGAUAUCCGGCAGAAGUUACAUUGCUGAAUCAUUUGCGGAUUACGCGCCAGCGCACGUUUGUUUUCUUUUCUAUAUACCGACGUUCUCAUUGCCAAAGCAAAUUCGCUUCACACACAAUUACGUAAAAAGAGAGAAAAUAAAACCCGGCGCCAAAUGUGACACGCGCACGUCGCUCGAGCUCGAUUCGUCUUGAGGCCGACUGAGACCGCUCGCGAUAAUUAAUCACGGUAAUUAACCGCAUCGUGUCAGCGUCGUGAGAAGUAGGAAAGUGCCGCGCGCGAAUGAUAGAGGCAUCAGAUAAGAGUCCGCGGCCGCGCGAUCGUCAGCAUGGAGUUGCUUUCGUUGAAUUUUUUCCUGUACACUAUGGGAGGCAUAUGGCGACCGGUCGAGUGGACGUCAGGCAGUGCCAAAUUGCUGUACAACGUAUUCAGCUUUUGCACGAUAGUUCCGAUGUACUUCCUCGUGCUGACCCAAUUCAUGGAUCUCGUUCUGGUAGUCGAUAACGUAGACGACUUCAUCACGAGUUCCCUCAUGUUCAUGACCAUCGUCGCUGUUUGCUGCAAGGCGACAACCGCGUUGUUACGUCGCGACGUGAUCAUCGACCUGGUGCAGACGUUGUCGCGGGAGCCGUGCAAGCCCCAGGACGCGGACGAGGCCGCGAUACAGACGAAGUUCGACGAGUUCAUCAGGUCGUGCUCGAUCAUGUACUCGCUUCUGGCCACCAGCUCCGUCACGGGCGUCACCGUCAGAUCGGUGCUGAACACCAUGCAGGGUGUCUUGCCUUACAGAGUAUGGCUGCCGUACGACUCGACUUUAUCCUUGGCCUUCUGGAUCACGUCUAUUCAGCAGAUGAUCUCCGUGAUUUUCGCCGCCAUCAUUAACAUCGGCACGGAGACCCUCAUGUUCGGUCUGUUUCUACAAACGUGCGCGCAACUCGAGAUCUUCGAGAGGCGUCUACACAAACUGGUGAUCGACAGAACGGCUGGGAAAGCCGCCGGCGGGCAGCGGGGAUGGUCUUCGUCCGCUCCGCCGCUUCAUGAGAAGGGGACGAUUUCCGGCUACAUACAUCAUCACCUUCGUAUUUACGAGUACGCCAAAACGGUGAACGGCGUGUUCAACCAGAUACUCUUUGUGCAAUUCUUCGGCAGUAUAUUGAUACUGUGCACCAGUGUGUAUUACUUGUCAUCUCACAUUAUGGAAAUCACGGCUGCGACCAUGGUAAUAUACACUGUUGGCAUGUUUGUGCAAAUUUAUGUCUAUUGCUGGUCCGGGAACGAGGUGAUACUUAAGAGUACAAAAGUAGGAGACGCUAUAUACAGCACGGACUGGCCUCUGCUGACGAUCAGCGAGAAGAAAGAUCUGCUGAUGAUCAUGAGACGUAGUACAAUUCCUAUCAAAUUCACCAGUAGUUUCCUCAUAACUCUGUCUCUGCAGUCUUACAGUAACAUUCUGAAAACAUCAUACUCGGCGUUCAACGUGCUGCAACAGUCGUGAGAUAGAAACGGCCGAGAGUAAGGCGAGACUGCGCUCGGAAGUAACCGAGAUAAACAUAACAGCGAUGUAGUAUACAAUAAUAGCUGCCACGUAAAUUUCAAAAUCCCCGACUGCGUGUUUUCCUUAAUAUUCCUCGCGUCCGAAUCAUGCGAUUACAAUCGACACACUCGCGAG